UGCUGACAGGAGCCCUGGGUGUUCUAUCACCCAGACAUGAGCCCCCCUGGGUGUCACGUGCACCUGCUGACGGGAGCCCUGGGUGUCCUACCCGCUGGGCAUGAGGCCCCGUGGGUGUCACAUGCACCUGCUGACGGGAGCCCUGGGUGUCCUACCCCCUGGGCUUGAGCCGCCCCCCCCCCGGGUGUCUUGCUGCCUGGACAUUACUGUGACAAGCCUUUGCAGUGGACCCACGGUCUGCUCACUCCCUCCUCCUCCUGACCCCUGCCCACUGGUCCUGUCUCCUCUCGUCCCAGCGGACGAUGGCGGCUUUGAGAUGGGCGCCUACAACAACACUGCCAUUGUCACACCCCACCUGGAUGCCCUGGCCCGCCGAAGCCUCGUCUUCCGCAAUGCCUUCAGCUCAGUCAGCAGCUGCUCCCCCAGCCGUGCCAGCCUUCUCACCGGCCUGCCCCAGCAUCAGAACGGCAUGUACGGGCUGCACCAGGACCUGCACCACUUCGACUCCUUCGACAAGGUGCGGAGCCUGCCGCUGCUGCUGCGAGAGGCUGGCGUGCGCACAGGCAUCGUAGGGAAGAAGCACGUGGGGCCGGAGCCCGUGUACCCGUUUGACUUCGCCUACACGGAGGAGAAUGGCUCGGUCCUCCAGGUGGGCCGGAACAUCACGAGGAUGAAGCUGCUGGUCCGGAAGUUUCUGCAGACUCAGGAUGACAGGCCUUUCUUCCUCUAUGUCGCCUUCCAUGACCCCCACCGCUGUGGCCACUCGCAGCCUCAGUACGGAGCCUUCUGUGAGAAGUUCGGCAACGGGGAUAGUGGCAUGGGGCGCAUCCCAGACUGGACCCCCCAGACCUACGACCCUCAGGAUGUCCUGGUGCCCUACUUCGUGCCUGACACACCAGCAGCCCGGGCCGACCUGGCCGCCCAGUAUACCACCAUCGGCCGCAUGGACCAAGGGGUGGGACUCGUGCUGCAGGAGCUGCGAGAGGCCGGCGUCCUGAACGACACCCUGGUCAUCUUCACCUCCGACAAUGGGAUCCCCUUCCCCAGCGGCAGGACCAACCUGUACUGGCCGGGCACCGCUGAGCCCUUGCUGCUGUCGUCCCCCGAGCACCCGCAGCGCUGGGGGCAGGUCAGCGAGGCCUACGUGAGCCUCCUAGACCUCACGCCCACCCUCUUGGACUGGUUCUCCGUGCCCUACCCCAGCUACGCCAUCUUUGGCUCCAAGACCGUGCAGCUCACGGGCCGCUCCCUCCUGCCGGCGCUGCGGGCCGAGCCCCCUUGGGACACCGUCUUCGGUAGCCAGAGCCACCACGAGGUCACCAUGGCCUACCCAAUGCGCUCCGUAUUCCACCGGGGCCUGCGUCUGGUGCACAACCUGGCCUUCAAGAUGCCUUUCCCCAUCGACCAGGACCUGUACGUGUCGCCCACGUUCCAGGACCUGCUGAAUCGCACCGUGGCAGGUCAGCCGACGUGCUGGUACUCGGACCUCCACCACUACUACUACCGGGACCGCUGGGAGCUGUAUGACCACAGCCGGGACCCCCGCGAGACCGCCAACCGCGCCAGCGACCCGCACUUUGCCCAGGUCCUAGACCUGCUCAAGGCCCAGCUGGCCAAGUGGCAGUGGGAGACGCACGACCCCUGGGUGUGCGCCCCCGAUGGCGUGCUGGAGGACAAGCUCUCGCCCCCGUGCCGCCCGCUGCACAAUGAGCUGUGACGAGCCGCCUCUUCCUCUCCCGUGAUUGACAGGACAUGGGGAGGCCCCUCCAUGUCAGGGCACCUCUGUCCCCACAGAGAGUGGGGACCCCAGGGACAGUGGGCUCCUGGCCCGGUGCGGCCGUGCCCUGGUCCUGACUAGAGACUUACAGAUGGCAGGUGGGGGAGCGCUGAAGGACCCUCUGUCUCCAGAUGUUCCCAGGUGUGCCAGGUGGGCAGGUGCAAACCAGGCCGCAUGGACAAAGCUUUUCUCACCACAGUUCAGACCCGAGGAAGCCCGUGUGUGUCCGGGGGUGGCUCCUGGGCUCGCCCUGCUGGGCAGGGGGCACUGAGGAACAUCCCCCGCCCCUGCCGGGGGGCUCUCUGGCUUGUGUUACAGAAUGCCCUGCCUUGCUCCACCUCCGGAAAGGAGGGUUCCUCCCACAGUGGCUGGGGUAUAGGCCCUGCCUUCGCCCUUUGCCCCUAUGGUGUGGGGCACAGAGGCCCCUGGCCCAGAGCAGUGGGAAAGCUCUUUGUUUUGCUAAAAUACAGAUGCUAGUUUUUCCGA